AUGACCGAUUUGAAGCGGUCUUUGCAGGAUAAGAGCAGAGCUCCCUCAAGCGCAACGCUGGUGAAGGCUUUUCAGCAGUUCUUCACAGCUCGCGUGGAAAAUCCCGGUGCUAUCAACCUGUUCCAGGCCCGCUUGCUGUCUAUUACAUGGAAACAUCUGAAGGCACUACAAAACGAAUUGGAAGACAGUGAAUGGCAGGAUGUUUUCUCUGUAGAGAACUUGGAAAGAAUUCUAUUUGUAAUUUCGGAGGCACAUUGUCUCCCCGAGGCACGCGAUACCAUCCUCAAGGUUGCACGCUUCGCUUAUCUUGAGCUUUGUGCAGACCACGGAUUCGGACCCAACUCGAUUAGUCGAGCUGCACUUCUUCUCUAUAUUAAUCUGGUGGCCAGCAACGGUAAACCUGAGGAGGCUCGCCAUGUCAUUGUGAAGUUUGGCGGCCAGUUGCGUGGCGCAAGGCCAUCGCCUUGGCUCAAUGUCCUGAAAGGCUUCGCUUUGAAGGAUGACCAGCGCCAACUACGAAAGAUUGCUUCGGAGUUGCAGGAGCAUGGGGUUAAGUUUGACCAAGCCUCUCAUGAGGAAUUGAUCAAGCUUAUGAUCUCCCAGAAUCUCGGCAAGGCAGUUCAAGUCGCCUACGAGUGUCCAAUCAAUGGGGACCAGGCGCCAUCUGUAGCUGCAAAGACUGCCGCUAUUGGAUAUGCCAUCCUCAAUUCUGAGGUCGCAUGGGCCAAGCCUAUCUUCGAGUCUCUUCCUCGAGAUCUCAGCCCAGAGACCAUUAAUGUUAAGUUGCUCUGGGAUGCAGCCCAGGGCAACAGCGCAACAUCCCUCGCAGAAAAGGUUAAUCAGUCACUCAAGGCAGCACUUACCAUUGCGGAUGUCAACAAUCUGAUUCAAUAUGCAAACACCCUGCCCAACUCACAGUUGGCUGUUGAUUAUGCCAAACUGGCCGAAAAGUGGGAUCUGGUCGCAGAUGAACAGACCAAUAUCCUUUUAUUGGAAUCAUUCAUCCAAGCUGGGAACGUGGAGCGAACGCUUGGCCUUCUGGAACAUCAAAUCGACCCCAGCUUCCUGGCUAGUCAGCAUCUCACCCUGGCUAACAAGCUGAUCACCAUGCUUUGCUUAUCCGAGCAGAAGGACGAGCUGUUCCAGCAGAUCUCAUCUCUUCUAGACCCGCUCUUCCAAGACAAUGUGCAGCUCAGCGCCGAAACCAUCGCUGCAUUGACUCACAUGCUGCUAUAUCGUCACGAUUGGGAAGCUAUCUCCGAUCUUCUCCGCCCCCGGCUGGGAGCCCUUGAUAGCGAAGGUAAAGCUCUUAUCCGGACCGAGUUAACCAACUUUAUGCUGGAUAAAGGCCAGAUCGACUCAAACGUAUGGGAGGUUUACCAGUUGUUCAAGCUCGCCUUCACAGAGGCGGGUGUUGAUGUACGCACCGAGCUCAUGUGCUCGCUCUUCGACCGGAAACGCAGCGAUCUCGCGGUGCUAGUAUUCGGACACAUGCGUCAGGCCGAGAUCCUGAGUCGUCGACCCAAGCCAGACACAUAUGCUCGGUGCUUCCAAGGGUUAGCCCGAACUGCCGACGCCACGAAUCUGGAGCUCGUCCAUAACAUGCUUAAGCUUGACCUGGAGGUAGAGCUGAACACUCGAAUCUUCAAUGGUUUGAUGCUGGCAUAUUCAGCGUGCGAGAUGCCUGAGAAGAGCAUGGAGAUCUUCCGUCAAAUUCUGCAGUCAGAUGAAGGACCGACGGAGAAGACCAUUCCCAUUUUCUUCAAGGUGUGCGAGAGACACCAUAAUGGUGUUCAGGAGGCGAUCAAGAUGAUGGCGAAGGUGAAGAAGCUGGACAUCAAGAUUGACCGUCGGCUGUACACUUCCUACAUUGAAGCGGUUGCCGCUCAAUGCGAGUUUGAUCUUGCGACUGAAGCGAUUGACAAAAUGCAAGCGGAAAUCGGAAUUCCCCCGACAAGCACUACGAUUGGCUUAUUUUAUAAUGCAAUUCCAUACCAAUAUUGGAAGGAUGAGGUUGAGCAGUGGGCUCUCAAGAAGUAUCCCGAGCUUUGGGCGCACCUGGUUGAGACUCCUCGAAGCGAGCACGAAGAGGGUCAGAAGUUUGAUGGUAUCACAAAUGAGGUGUGGGUAUAG